CUCGUUGCGCAGAAGUGCUGGCGGUUUUCCUUUCCUGUUCUCCGACUAAACCCGGCAGCCUUCACGCGUGCUGAACCUCUAGGAAGCGCCUGUCGGCGAACUCAUAGGAGCUUCAAACCGUGCUCACCUUGCUCCGCUUCCGGCGGUCAAAAAUGGUUGAAGCAGAUCGUCCAGGAAAGCUCUUCAUUGGUGGGCUCAACACAGAAACAAACGAGAAAGCCCUUGAAGCAGUUUUUGGCAAAUAUGGACGAAUAGUGGAAGUACUCUUGAUGAAAGACCGGGAAACCAACAAAUCAAGAGGUUUUGCAUUUGUCACCUUUGAAAGCCCAGCUGAUGCGAAGGAUGCAGCCAGAGACAUGAAUGGAAAGUCUUUAGAUGGGAAAGCCGUCAAGGUGGAACAAGCCACUAAACCAUCAUUUGAAAGUGGUAGACGUGGACCACCUCCACCUCCAAGAAGCAGAGGCCCUCCUAAAGGUCUUAGAGGCGGAAGAGGAGGAAGUGGAGGAACAAGGGAACCUCCUUCACGUGGAGAGCACAUGGAUGGUGGUGGCUAUUCCAUGAAUUUUAACAUGAGUUCUUCCAAGGGACCACUUCCAGUGAAAAGAGGACCACCACCACGAAGUGGGGGUCCUCCUCCCAAAAGAUCUGCCCCCUCAGGACCAGUUUGCAGCAGCAGUGGAAUGGGAGGAAGAGCUCCUGUAUCACGUAGAAGAGAUAGCUGUGGAGGCCCAGCACGAAGGGAACCCCUGCCCUCUCAUAGAGAUGUUUAUUUGUCUCCAAGAGAUGAUGAAUAUUCUACUAAAGACGGCUAUUCAAGCAGAGAUUACCCAAGUUCUCGUGAUACAAGAGAUUAUGCACCACCACCAAGAGAUUAUACAUAUAGUAAUUAUGGUCAUUCCAGUUCACGUGAUGACUAUCCAUCAGGAGGCUAUAGUGAUGGAGAUGGCUAUGGUCGUGAUCAAGACUAUUCAGAUCAUCUGAGUGGAGGGUCCUACAGAGAUUCAUAUGAGAGUUAUGGUAACUCACGUAGUGCUCCACCUACACGAGGCCCCCCCCCAUCUUAUGGUGGAAGCAGUCGCUAUGAUGAUUACAGCAGCUCACGUGACGGAUAUGGUGGAAGUCGUGACAGUUACUCAAGCAGUCGAAGUGAUCUCUACUCAAGUGGUCGUGAUCGUGUUGGCAGACAAGAAAGAGAGCUUCACCUUUCUAUGGAAAGGGGGUACCCUCUUCCACGUGAUUCCUACAGCAGUUCAAGCCACGGAGCACCAAGAGGUGGUGGCCGUGGAGGAAGCCGAUCUGAUAGAGGGGGAGGCAGAAGCAGAUACUAAAAUCAAACACAACUUUGGAUCAAAAUCCCUGUUCAAAGAAACAAAGUGGAAACUUAUAACUACCCAAGGACUACUAAGGAAAAAUUGUGUUACCUUUUUUUGAAGUUCCUGUUAAGUUCUCCUCCAUAAUUCUUAUGUUCUUGUGAGGAAAAAGUAAAACUUGUUUAAUUUUAUUUGAUUUAUGACAUUGCUUUCAACAAGCAAAUGUUAAAUGUGUAAGACUUGUUUAUUAGUGUUGUAAUUUUCCAAGUAAAAGUGUCCCUAAAGGCCACUUUAUAUCUGAUUUUUCCCAGUAAAUGUGGCAAGCACUCCUAAGAGCUUCCAUAAACAUCUAGCCAUCUAAAAUGGAGAGAUGAGUCUUUCUGCUUAUACAAACAAGCUAGAUAUUAGAGGGUGGUUGGGGUAAUGCUACUCUUAGGAUUUCAGGAUGUCUUCAAACUGAAAUCUCAGUGUCCUCAGUAUGAAAAGCCUGAGAUCAGAUGCUUAGGUAAGGAAAAUGCUAUUCACCCAGUAAACCCAAAAAAGCAAAUGGAUUAUGCUGGCCAUAUUUUGCUUUUCUGAUGUUUUCUUAGGAAUCUGCAAGAACCUCCCCUUUCCCCCCUCCCCAAUAAGACCAUUUAAGUGUGUGUUAAACAACUACAGAAUACUAAAUAAAAAAGUUUGGCCAAAACUAACCAUGAAGCU